AGCGAAGCAGAUUCGGAGCAGCGCCGAGCAGGCAGGCAGCCGGCCGGGUCAGAGCGGAUCGGACUUCUCGCCGGGCUCGGAGGCGCCAUGAACACCAUCAAGAACGUGCCUGCCCGGGUGCUGAGCCGCAGGAGCGGCCACAGCCUGGAGGCGGAGAGGGAGCAGUUUGACAAGAACCAGGCAAUGAGCAUCAGCAAAGCCAUCAACACACUGGAAAAUCCGGUGAAAGAGAAACACGCCCGCAGAAUUAUCCUGGGAACUCAUCACGAGAAAGGAGCGUUCACUUUUUGGUCUUAUGCAAUUGGCCUCCCUUUGCCAAGUAGCGCCAUCCUCAGCUGGAAGUUCUGCCACGUUCUUCACAAAGUCCUCCGGGAUGGGCACCCAAACGUUCUUCAAGAUUGCCAGAGAUAUCGAAGUAACAUUCGAGAAACUGGAGAGCUCUGGGGCCACCUGCAUGAUCGUUAUGGCCAGCUCGUAAAUAUUUAUACCAAACUUCUGCUCACAAAAAUCUCCUUCCACCUCAAGCAUCCUGAAUUUCCCCCAGGCCUGGAAGUGACAGACGAGGUGCUAGAAAAAGCUGCGGGGACAGAUGUGAAUAACAUUUUUCAACUCACCGUGGAGAUGUUUGAUUACAUGGAUUGUGAACUCAAACUGGCUGAGUCGGUUUUCAGGCAGCUGAACACCUCCAUGGCCGUGUCCCAGAUGUCUGCGGUUCAGUGCCGCCUGGCUCCCCUCAUCCAGGUGAUUCAAGACUGCAGCCACCUCUACCAUUACACUGUCAAGCUGAUGUUCAAGCUCCAUUCAUGCCUGCCAGCUGAUACGCUACAAGGACAUCGGGACCGGUUCCACGAGCAGUUCCGCAGCCUCAAAAACUUCUUCAAAAGAGCUUCGGAUAUGCUGUAUUUCAAGCGUCUCAUCCAGAUCCCAAGGCUGCCUGAGAACCCCCCCAACUUCCUGCGGGCAUCGGCUCUGGCAGAGCACGUGAAACCAGUGGUGGUGAUUCCCGAGGAAGCCCCCGAGGAUGAAGAACCAGAGAACUUGAUAGAGAUCACCACAGCCCCCCCUGUGGAGCAGCCGGUUGUUUGUGAUAUAUUUGAGCAAACGUUUGGGCCUCCCAAUGGCAUCAGAGAUGACAGGGAUCUCCAAAUAGAGAACCUAAAGAAAGAAAUUGAUCUGCUUCGAGGAGAGCUGGAGAAGAUUAAACUCGAGGCCCAAAGGUACAUCACUCAGCUGAAGGCCCAAAUUAACAGCCUGGAGGCAGAGGUGGAAGAGCAGCGGAAGCAGAAGCAGAAGGCCCUUGUGGACAACGAACAGCUCCGGGAUGAGCUGGAGAAGUUGCAUAAGGCCAAGCUGGAGAGUGACAAGAGCCGAAGCCUCUGCCUGGAGGCAGAAAAAAAGGCCAGUGCCACUGAACUCCGCUACACCAAGCUGAAAGAGAAGCACAACGAGUUGAUCAACACUCACGCGGAGCUCUUGAGGAAGAAUGCAGACACUGCCAAGCAGCUGACGGUCACGCAGCAAAGCCAAGGGGAAGUGGCUCGGGUGAAGGAGCAGCUGGCCUUCCAGAUAGAGCAGGUGAAACGGGAAUCGGAAAUGAAGUUGGAAGACCAGACUUUGCAAAUGGAGCAGGUGAAGCGAGAUCUGGAAGCCAAGAAAGAGGAGCUGGCACAGCUGCAGCAGUCUCUCAGCCAAUCCAAGCAGGUUGGCUCAAACCUCACCUCCCAGCUGGAAGUCCUCCAAGCUGAGAAGGACGUGCUGAGGAAAUCGGUCGGUGAAAAGGAGUGCGAGCUCAUCUCUGCCAAGGGCCUGAUCCAAGAAAAGGAGCUGCUGUUGAACCAGGAAGUGGAGAGGAGGGCCAAGGAAGUGCAGGAGCUGCAGGGGAAGCUCUUGGACAAGAAAAGUCAAGAACAGGCCCUGCAGCAGAAGCUCCUGGAGGAUCAGUUCAGCCUCCUGCAAGGGACGGUGAAAGAGGCGGAGAGCAUCAUCCAGGACGCCGUGGCCAAGGUGGACGAUCCCCUGCACCUCCGCUGCACUAGUUCACCAGAUUACCUCAUCAGCCGUGCCCAGGCAGCUCUGCAGUCGGUGAAUGCUGUGGAGGGCGGGCACAGCCGUUAUCUGGCCAACAUGGCAGAUGCCACUGGAUUGGUGGGUGCUCUCACCCAGUUUGCCCACCUGACUGCAGAUGCCAUUGUCAAUGGCAGUGCCACUUCUCAUCUGGCGCCCACAGACCACGCGGACAAACUGACUGAAACCUGCAGGGAUUGCGGGCGGCAGAGUCUGAGCUAUCUGAACAAGCUGAAGGACAAAGAGGCUCUCCAACAGGCAAAUCCGGCCGAUGUGAGGAAGACCUUGCAGGAGCUUCUUCAGCUGGGACAGGAACUGAGGCCCAAAAGCUUAGACAUCCGUCAGGAAGAACUGGGUGACAUGGUUGACAAGGAGAUGGCCUCCACUUCAGCAGCGAUUGAGGAUGCAGUCAGAAGGAUAGAGGAAAUGAUGAAUCAGGCCAGGAUAGAGAGUUCUGGGGUGAAACUGGAAGUAAAUGAAAGAAUUUUGAAUUCCUGCACAGACUUGAUGAAGGCCAUCAGGCUUCUUGUCUUGACGUCUACGCACUUGCAGAAGGAGAUUGUAGAAAGCGGAAGGGGGGCAGCAACGACCCAGGAGUUUUAUGCAAAGAAUUCCCGCUGGACGGAGGGGCUGAUCUCUGCUUCUAAGGCCGUGGGCUGGGGAGCCACACAGCUUGUAGAAUCCGCAGACAGAGUUGUCCUGCACACAGGCAAAUAUGAGGAACUGAUUGUCUGUUCGCACGAGAUUGCAGCCAGUACAGCCCAGCUUGUAGCUGCCUCCAAGGUGAAAGCAGAUAAGAACAGUGGAAAUCUGAGCAAGCUGCAGGAAUGCUCCCGCACUGUCAACGAAAUGGCUGCCAAUGUUGUGGCUUCCACGAAGUCAGGCCAAGAGCAGGUUGAAGACAGAGAUACCAUGGACUUCUCUGGGAUGUCCUUAAUAAAACUCAAGAAGGAGGAAAUGGAAUCACAGGUAAAGGUGCUCGAGUUAGAGAAGACACUGGAGAAUGAGAGGCUUCGCCUGGGGGAGCUCAGGAGGCAACAUUACGCCCUGGCUGGCAUCUGCACUGAGACCCCUGAAGUGGGAAAGCCCACUGUGGCCCGCAAACCGGGUGUCUUGAAAAAGCCGCCUGUGGCCCAGAAACCUGCCCACUCCAAGCAAGAUCAUGAGCUGGAUCAGGAAGACGGUGUGUACCAGGCACAGCUAGUCAACUUCUAAGGGUGGCAGCAGCAGCAGGCGCCAAACAACAGACUGUCGUAGGAUUCAUCUUUUACUCAACUUGAUACUUCCGGCUGGCCUGGGGGAUUCAGGCACUGUGUGGUCCAGUGUACAGUUCGGGAUACCUUAAUUUAUGGAUUCCUGGUGGAGGGCAAAGACUUCUCAGGCACCAAUUUGCCUCUGGAAGGGGGAGUGCACUCAGGAAAGCACCCCCCCCCCAAAUGGUGCAGACAUUCCAAAGCCAUUACAUGUCUGUGUUUUAAACAGAUACUGACUGGAUUAACCCUCAAGCUGCCUUCGGUCUGGCAUUGCCUUUAUGCUGAAACUUCUGUCCUCGGAGUGAAACAAGAAGACAUCCCUGACUGCAUGCAGCGGACUAAUCUCCAGUACGAGACUCUCUUUCUUACAGUGGUGUUGGGCUUCUGGUAGCUGAGGGUGUCCCAAGUGGAAACAGGAGGUGGGGACCUUGCCUUCGUCGUAUCAGUUCUCUUAUUUAUAAGCAAUAGGAAAACUUUGGAGUAAAUGUUGGUGCAUCUAUUACUGUAGUACAGAGAGAUCUUUUUAAAGAAAUGUGAAUUGUUUUUUUUUUAGUAGGCAGUUUUUUGGUGGUGUUUGUGCUGCAAGCUAAAAGAAUUUUCAAAAGAGAUGUUCUUUCCAAUUGUCAGUUUUUUAUGUUUUAAAGAAUUUUGAGUUUAUAACAGAGAAGGAAAGAAGCAGGGUAAGAAGGCUGCACUGCAAUCAGGGGUUCAUGAUCUCCAGAGAAAGCGACGCUGUUUUAAAUGUUUUCAACCUGAAUUUAGGGUAUGAAACCUGGCUGGUCAGAGAUGUUAUACAUAUAUUUGUAGCAAUAUGUAUUAGUGGGGAGGGUGGGAAGAGAACUUGCAACUUAUAGGACAGGGAAAUAGUUCUGAUUCUUGGGGAAAGUUUCUCUUCCUAAGUUGUAAUAGACCCAAUGUAGCUUAUUAAAAUGAAUUA